AUGAACACAUCAGAUAGAACAGAGAAUCUGACCCGUGUAUGCAUUGCCAUUGUGAUUUGUAUGUUAUUGAACUCUGCGUUUCCAAAGUCCUACAUCCCAGCUAUCGUUUCUGCGAUAUUGAUGGCUACCAUCUUGUACAAGGGCAACUUCCCCUGGUUGGUCCAGAAGUUCAUAAACACCGAGAUGUCCAUUCCAAAGCAAUCCCUGGUGGAUGCAAUUGUUACACUGCAACACUAUGAGAAUGCCACCUUGACGUGGAACCAGAAGAAGAGAAACAACCUCAAGUUUGUUGGCUGGGAGUCUAAGAAACAGGCCAAGAGCGUUGGAUACUUACACCAUUUAGAUGCAGUGGACUCAAGUAUCAGAAUCAACUCCCAAUUGGCCAAUGGAGUUGCAGAAGAUGCCAUCAAGAGGUUUGAUAUUACACCUCUCGACCUAAAAGCUGGUACUUUCAAAACCAAUUCGAGAGCCAUUGAAGCCAUAACGCAUUUUGCCAGAGACUGGUCUUCUAUUAGCGAAGAACUGGAUCCUCUGUUCAAAUUUAUUAACUCGUCACUUGAUAAAUACGUCAAGGACAAAUCCAAAACACUCGUGGUUGUUCCUGGAUCUGGAUUGGGGAGAAUUGCACAUGAGGUUGCGAAAAUGGGGUUUGCCAGGGUUGAAACCGUUGAAUUCUCUGGGCUGAUGUACAUCUGUAAUGAGUUUGUCUAUGGUGGUGCAGAGAAGUAUGAGGUUUAUCCCUUUUUGGGUUCGUAUUCUCAUCACACGACUGCUGAGAACCAUACCAGACAUGUCACUUUCCAAAGAAUUCAAAAGAAGCCGGAAAAUUUACAUUUGAACUAUGGGGAUUUCAGAAAGUUCACUGUUUCGAAUCCAGAGCAGUAUGACCAGAUAGUUGUCCUCAGUGCAUUCUUUCUUGAUACUGCUCAAAAUAUGUUUGAUUACUUUAAGGCCAUCGAGAACGUCAUUGGUGAAAAUAAAGGCCUAUGGAUCAACGUGGGACCAUUGAAGUACGGGACUGCUCCUUACGUUGAGUUCACACUCGAAGAGAUUAGAAAGCUCAGGGAAUUAAGGGGAUGGAAAGACCUGGAUGAACCUGAAGCUGGUGAGCUUGCAGGUUACCUGACAAAUAAAGAGGGCCUCUGGCAAGGUUACUACGGGUUGACAAAAUGGGUUUCAUCUCGUAAUUAA